CCUCGACUUUUUCCCUACUUUCACAAGGCUAGGAUUGCUGUUAGAUCAAAAUGAAUGGCGUGCUGCUGGGACUACUAGUGGUGUCAGUAGCCGUGUUUCUGAGACUGGCUAUCUCUCUGCACCCAUAUUCUGGUGCGGGCAAGCCUCCGCUGUACGGUGACUAUGAGGCCCAGAGGCACUGGAUGGAGAUCACGUUCAAUACACCCCUCAGUCAAUGGUACCACGACACACCCGGCAACAACCUGCUGUACUGGGGCCUGGACUACCCCCCACUCACUGCCUAUCACAGCUGGCUGUGCGGGGCCGUUGCUAAUCGCAUCAACUCCGCCUGGGUGGCUCUGACUACCUCCCGAGGUCACGAGAGUUCAGAGCACAAACUGUUCAUGAGGUACUCCGUACUGAUGGUGGAUGUACUCGUGUUCUUCAGUGGAGUGGCCCUCUUUGUGAGAGCACUGUUUAGUCUGUUCCUGGGUCAGAGAAAGCAGAAGGUUGACAAGGAGUCACAGAGCAUUCUCAACUCCAAGCUGGCACUUUUGAUUCUCCUUCAACCUGGCCUCCUGCUCAUAGACUACGGUCACUUCCAGUACAACGCUGCCAGCCUGGGGCUCGUCUUGUGGGGCAUCGUCGGUGUCAUUACGGACCAUAACUUGCUCGGCUCAAUAGCUUUCUCUCUUGCCCUCAACUACAAGCAGAUGGAACUCUAUCACGCGCUGCCAUUUUUCUUUUACUUGCUCGGAAAGUCGUUUCAAGGCCAGACUAAACACGAAAAAGAGAGGAGAUCUAAAACAACCAUUUCUUUGAGAGGAGUGUUUAAUGUGCUAAAAAUUGGUUUUGUUGUUUUACUGACGUUUGCUGUAUUGUGGUUUCCGUUCUUCCAAGCUCGAGGCAUUGAAGGCGUACUACAAGUGGCUCGAAGACUGUUUCCAUUCAACAGAGGACUGUUUGAAGACAAAGUUGCCAAUUUCUGGUGCUCGGUUUCAGUUUUAGUCAAAGUGAGGCAGAAGAUCUCUCAAGGAACUCUGGUUUUUGUCAGUGGUGGUUUGACUUUAAUGGCUGCCCUUCCAUCGUCUUUAUAUCUUCUGUGGUAUCCUCGUGCCUAUAACUUCCUAUUAGCACUGGUGACCUCCUCCCUUUCAUUCUUCCUCUUUUCGUUCCAAGUCCACGAGAAGUCGAUCCUGUUGGCCUGCCUCCCUAUGAGCCUGCUCACAGCACACCACCCUUUCCUAGCGACCACCUUCCAACUGACAGCUGCCUUCAGCAUGUACCCGCUGUUGACUCAGGACCAGCUGUGCUUAGCCGUGUGGGCACUCUGUUGUCUCUACUCUCUCCUCUCCGUCCUGUUCCUGGAUAGGACCAACACGGAGAUGCCUCUAAUGGAAUCGAAAGUGAAAGUGUUGGUCCUCUUCCUGCUCUCCACACUCCUCACACUCUGCACACUAUCACACCUCCUCCGCCCACCACCUUCACUCCCUCACAUCUUCCCUCUACUCAUUUCCGUUGUCUCGUUUAUCCAAUUUCUCGGUUAUCUUAUUUAUUUUUCGUACCUCACCUUGACGGGGGGUCACAGAGGACCACCCCCCCUCGGAGUGCGAGGUUGCAAAGAAUAUCUCUAUGGCAACAAGACACACACGAAUUAAAAUCACAGAAACCACUUGCAGUUAUUAAAUUAUUAAUUAAAAUGUACAAAGUCAGUCAUGCAUGUCGUCAUUAAUUUUCACAAGUAUACUAUAUAAUUAUGCAGCUGCAAUGACUAUAAUUAUUGUUGACAUGUAUACAAUGGUAUGCAAAUUAAUCUAGUCGA